UAUUGUGUACACCCACCUAUGAAUUGUUCGGUUUUUCGACAUUAAGAAACAGUCGUCAUCUCAUCGAAGUGUUAGUUGGCGAUUUGGUGAACCAUAAUAUAAUUUUGGGUUGCGUUUAAUUCACGCACGCAUUUAUUUUGUUGCCUUUGAUUUCCGUCUGCAUUUGGAUCGAAGAAGAUGUCUACCCUGAAUGUACCCCCUAUUCCUCCUUCCCCCAGAGACGAUGCUAUGCAACUUCACCGUGCUUUCAAAGGAUUUGGGUGUGAUACCAGCGCUGUGAUCAAUAUACUUGCUCAUAGAGAUGCCACUCAGCGUGCCUACCUCCAACAAGAAUACAGAGCUACCUAUUCUGAAGAUCUUCUCAAACGCUUAUCUUCUGAGCUUUCUGGCAAAUUCGAGAAUGCUAUUCUUCUUUGGAUGCAUGAUCCUGCCACCCGCGAUGCGAUCAUCCUUAAACAGACUCUAACCGUCUCCAAAAAUCUUGAAGCUACCACUGAAGUUAUAUGUUCUCGAACUCCAUCCCAGCUCCAAUAUUUAAGGCAGAUUUACCAUACUAGAUUCGGCGUUUAUCUUGACCAUGAUAUUGAAAGAAAUGCCUCUGGGGAUCAUAAAAAGAUUUUACUUGCAUAUGUAAGCACACCACGCCAUGAAGGCCCUGAGGUUAAUAGAGAAAUGGCUGAGAACGAUGCCAAGGUUCUUUAUAAAGCAGGUGAGAAGAAACUGGGAACUGAUGAGAAAACUUUUGUGCAAAUAUUCAGCCAACGGAGUGCCGCACAGUUGGCUGCCAUAAAUCAUUUUUACCAUGCCAACUAUGGUCAUUCAUUGAAAAAGGCAAUAAAGAAUGAAACAUCAGGGAAUUUUGCUCAUGCACUUUUGACAAUUGUCCAAUGUGCCGAGAGUCCUGCAAAGUAUUUCGCGAAGGUCCUACGUAAGGCAAUGAAAGGUCUCGGGACCGAUGACACGAAACUUAUGAGGGUGAUUGUAACCAGGAGUGAGAUAGAUCUACAUUAUAUAAAAGCUGAAUAUCUAAAGAAAUACAAGAAGACGCUGAAUGAUGCAGUUCACUCGGAAACAUCUGGCCACUACAGGGCUUUUCUUCUCUCACUUUUAGGUCCCAACCAGUAGCAGUGCAAAUGCAUGUUUUGUGUGGAGUACUUUCACCUAUGUUGUUGAAUAAAUGAGCACUUCCAAUCUUUUCUUUAUUGAUAUUGUAAAUUAAGCAGUGCUCUGUAAGUUAUGUACACAAACUCACUCGGUAUUAUCUGCUUGUCAGUUACAGCAUAUUGCACAUAUAUGAUGGUCAUUUUGUAUACGUAUGUAUCUAUAUAUGCAUGGGUUUAUAUUUAGUAUGUAGAGUGUUGUUUCCGUUGUCAAACAUGGGCAAUUCGAUUCGAUUUCUCUGCA